AUGGAGUAUGACGAUGAAGAAGAAUUUCAAAAGGCAAUCGCUCUUGUCAGCAAACAAUUCAAUCGACUACCACCUCACUCCUUUCGCAAAAACCAACAAUUCAACAAACCACCCGUCAAUCAUAACUUCAACCCACAAACAAAUCACUCACAUUAUCAAAAAAAUUCUCAUCCACCACCGCAAUCUCAUAAUACUCAACCUAAGGAAGCACCGCAGCCUACUAAAACCUCUGACUUCGGUACUCCCUCAGAAGACAAGAUUGAUGUUGUUUUUUGUCACAAAUGCAACAAAGAGAACCACUUCGCAAGAGAUUGCAAGGCCAAUGUAGUUAAAGACAGAUCAUUCUACCUUAGAAUGGCUCAAGAGCUGGAAGAAAAGGAGAAAGCAAGGCCAUACAUAGCCCAUGUCAAGAGAGACCAUCAAGUCUGGUUAUCCGGAUAUGAUGAUGAAGCUAUCAGCAGUGUUAAUAGCAAAGGGAAAAUCUGCAUGAUGGAAACUAUGGAUGAUGAUGGUUGGAGAAGAAGAAGGAAGCUUGGAAGUUCAAGUAGAAGCAAGGAGAUCUAUAAGUUUUACUUCAUUCUCAGCUCAUUCAAGAUACAAUCAUAUAAAUCUCACAAUUUCAUGGGAAAAAUGAAAACCAUUGAUUCUUUUUUCAAAAGAAAGAAUGAUGAUGAAGAAACUCAUAAUGAUAAUCAACAGAGUAAACGUUGCAAAGCUUCAACAACUACACAAUCAAAUCCUAAUGAAGUGGAUCUUAAGCAUCUAGAAAGAGAUCCCGCUAAACGAAAACAAAUGUGGGAAUAUCCAGUUAAUUUAAGGGAACAAGUAAGACGAGCUUAUAUGACUUUAGGACCUUUCCAAAUACGUCUUCAAGAAUAUCAUGCUAAAGGUUCAAAGAAACAUCCUCGUAGAUUCCAAUAUUCUUGGUUCAACAUUUUCCCUAAUUGGUUAGAGUAUUCUCCAACAACACAUGCUUCUUAUUGUUUUAUUUGUUAUAUAUUUAAUGAUAAACCAAGUGUGUGCCAUGGUUAUGAAGCAUUUACUGUUAAAGGAUUUGACAAUUGGAAAAAAGUUAAUGAUGGGAAAAAUUGUGCAUUCUUGAAGCACAUUGGUUGUUCACAACAUAGAAAUGUUGUUACAUUUGCUGAAAACUUGAUGAACCAGGCAACACACAUUGAAAAUAUUAUAGUGAAGCAAAAUGAAGCACAAAUAUUGAAGAACCAGUUACAAUUAAAAGCUUCAAUUGACACAGUUCGUUGGUUGACAUUCCAAGCUUGUGCUUUACGAGGACAUGAUGAAUCGCCUAAUUCCAAAAAUCGAGGUAAUUUUCUUCAACUACUAAAACUUCUAGUGUCUUAUAAUGAUGAAGUUGCAAAUGUUAUAUUAGAGAAUGCUCCUUAUAAUUCAAAGUAUACUUCUGGAGAUAUUCAAAAAGAAAUUCUUAGUAUUAUUGCAAAUAAAGUUCGGAAGCAUAUUCGUAGUGAAGUCGGGGAUUCAUACUUUUGUGUCAUGGUUGAUGAGUCACGAGAUGAGUCUAAAAAAGAGCAAAUGGCCAUAGUUUUGAGAUUUGUUGAUGCAGAAGGCAUCAUACGGGAAAGGUUCUUAGAUUUGGUUCAUGUUAGGGAUACCUUAUCAUUAACCUUGAAAACAAAUAUGUGGAGACAACUUUUGCACUAUCAGUUUGAUGUUAGAAAAAUCUGUGGCCAAGGUUAUGAUGGUGCUAGUAAUAUGAGAGGGGAAUGGAAUGGAUUACAGGAACUUGUUCUUAAGGAUUGUCCUUAUGCGUAUUAUGUUCACUGCUUUGCUCACAGAUUACAACUAACAUUGGUGGCUGCUUCAAGGGAAAUUAUUCCUAUACACCAAUUUUUUACAAACUUAAUUUUUACAAUUAAUGUAGUUUGUGCUUCCAGUAAGCGUCAUGAUGAUUUACAAAAGGCAAAGGCAACUGAGAUUGAACAUUUAUUAGAAAUUGGUGAAAUUGAAUCAGGUAAAGGAUUGAAUCAAAUUGGGACAUUAAGAAGAGCUAGUGAUACACGUUGGGGUUCUCAUUUUCGUUCUGUUUGUAGUUUGCUUAACAUGUUUGAUUGUACACGUGUUGUUCUCCAGGGAAUAAUUGAUGAUUUAUCUGCUACUUAUUCUCAACGCGGAGAUGCUGAUGUAGCUUACUGUUACCUGAAAUCAUUUGAGUUUGUGUUUAGUCUUCACUUGAUGAAAGAAGUCAUGGGAAAAACUGAUAUACUUUCUCAAGCUCUACAAAAGAAAUCCCAAGAUAUUCGUAAUGCCAUGGAGUUAGUUUCAGCAACAAAUGAGAGUUUAAAUGAUUUCAGGAACAACGGAUGA